AUGCAAAUAGCUUGCAAGGCAUUUCGAAAGCAAAUAGCUAAUAGCUCUCGUGUUGCCAAUUUCAUGAUGUCAGCCAUUCCAAAUGAUCAGAUGCUUUCUGUUGCAAAGCCCGGCCAAAAAAACCAGUCUGUCACAAAACCCAUUUCUCUAGAUUCAGCAACUGGUGAAGUUCUAGUUCGUAAAUCAACCGGUAAAGCAAAGAUUCGCAAAGGACAACCAGAAGACGAGUACGAAAGGCAGAAAGCUCAUUUCUUCGAGGUAGAAAACGGUCCAUUGAGAACCGAAGCGAAUCAAAAAGGUCCGAAUGAUUUGUUAAAAAAACUAGAGAAUCCACUGGACGAUGACUUGACACUGAAGCAAACCAGGCAGAGAUUCACUAGCGAAUGUCAUCGUUUGUAUUUCAAAAAGGAAUAUAGAAACUGCGCAGCCGCUUGUCGUAGGCUAAUAGAAUUAUACGAAUCACUAGAAAACAAGAGAAUACUGAAAGAGAUAGAUGAGCUCUCAUACAUGCUGAACAAGUCGGAAGAAAAAGACAGGGCAGAACAUUAG